AUGAUUACUUCUGACAAAGACAUCCCCAAAUUGCUUGGAACGCCAACAAAGCAGGUCGAAUGGGCUAAGAAGCCGGUGGCUGAGCACCUAUGCAGUACUGCGAAGCGUGUUUACAAUCCUCCUAUGCAGGGAUUGUUUAGCAAGACCCUGUUUAUUACCUUGGCAGAUGACUGCGAGACGGUCAUUCAAUUUCGCACUGAAAGGCUCGACAUCAAUGGGUUUCUUACUGCAAAGGGCGAGUUAAAUGCAUAUGUUCUCGGACGCUAA